AUGGGUUCUACCAACCGUCUCGCAUACACUCUUCAGGGCAAAGUGGCCCUCAUCACCGGAGCCGGUCGAGGCAUCGGACGUGGCAUCGCCCUCGAGCUGGGCCAACGAGGAGCCUCCGUCGUCGUCAACUACGGCAGCUCCGAGAAGGCCGCCGCCGAGGUCGUCGCGGAGAUUGAAAAGGCCGGCAGCCGCGCUGUCGCCAUCAAGGCCGACGUCUCCAAGGUGUCCGAGGUCACGCGGCUCUUCAACGAGGCGCUGCAGCACUUUGGCCGCCUUGACGUCGUCGUAUCCAACUCGGGUACCGAGGUCUUCAAGCCGGAGGACCAGGUCACCGAGGAGGACUACGACCGCGUCUUCAACCUCAACACGCGCGCGCAGUUCUUCGUCGCCCAGCACGCGUACAAGAACCUGCAGAACGGCGGCCGCAUCAUCUUCACGUCGUCCGUGGCGGCGACCAUGUCCGGGAUCGGCAACCACGCGCUCUACGCGGGCAGCAAGGCGGCGGUCGAGGGCUUUACGCGCAGCUUCGCGGUCGACUGCGGUCACAAGCAAAUCACCGUCAACGCGAUCGCCCCGGGCGGCGUCAAGACCGACAUGUAUGACGAAAACGCCUGGCGCUACUCGCCGGGGGCAACACCCUCUUCGUCCAUGGCAGAGAUCGACAAGGGCUUGGCUGGUUGCUGUCCUCUGAAGAGGGUUGCCGUGCCCCAGGACAUUGCGCGCGUCGUCGCCUUCCUGGCACACGCUGAUAGCGAAUGGGUCAACGGUCAAGUCAUUCUUCUCACUGGUGGCUCCUUCACUUAA